AUGAUAUCGAGGGUAGCAGCACCUAAAUUGAGCCCAGCAAACGCUCUUAAAAGGUUCUAUGCAUCAUCAUCACCAGCAACAGCAGCUACUAUGAGUAAGCCAAAUAUAGAAAUGACGACCCUUGCCAACGGAUUGAGACUAGUUACUGAUUCUACACCAGGUCAUUUCAGUGCACUUGGAGCAUAUGUCGAUGCUGGAUCACGGUAUGAGGAUCCACAAAACCCGGGGCUUUCUCAUCUUCAUGAUCGGUUAGCUUGGAAAUCAACUGAGAAAUAUAGUGGGUUACAAAUGUUGGAAAAUCUACUGAAGUUGGGAGGUAAUUACAUAAGUUCGGCUCAACGAGAAUCGAUGAUUUUUCAAGCUAGUGUUUUUAAUAAAGAUGUUGAUCAAAUGAUGGAAGCCAUUGCCCAAACAGUUCGAAGUCCGCAAAUUACAGAUCAAGAGUUUGUCGAAACUUUACAAACUGCCGAUUAUGAAGUACAGGAAUUACAAUACAAACACGAAUUGUUAUUGCCUGAAGAAUUGCAUGCUGUUGCCUAUAAAGACAACACGUUGGGUCUUCCAUUGUUUAUACCAAAAGAGCGCAUACCUCUUGUACAAAAAUCUGAUGUUCUUGAUUACCAUAACAAGUUUUUCCAACCCCAAAAUAUCAUCAUUGCCAUGGUUGGUGUGCCCCAUGACCAUGCUCUCAAAUUAGUGGAGUCAAACUUUGGUGACUGGAAGUCAACCGGUGACAAACCAAAUCUCACACCUGCUAAAUACACCGGAGGUGAGAUUGCUUUGCCCCAUCAACCACCACUAUACGCUAAUCAACCGGAAUUGUACCACAUGCAAAUUGGAUUUGAAACUACGGGAUUGUUACACGAUGACUUGUACUCUCUUGCUACAUUGCAAAAACUUCUUGGGGGUGGUUCUUCAUUUUCAGCCGGUGGUCCCGGUAAAGGAAUGUUUUCUCGACUUUAUACUAAAGUCUUGAACAAGUACCCAUUUGUUGAAAAUUGCAUGUGUUUUAAUCACUCAUAUUUAGAUUCGGGAUUAUUUGGUAUUACGUUGAGUUUGGUUCCUGAGGCCGCCCAUGUGUCGUCACAAAUUAUUAGUCAUGAAUUGGCCAAAGUUUUACACGUUGAUGCCAAAUCAGGCGGAUUAAAUGAACAAGAAGUUAAACGCGCCAAAAACCAAUUGACUAGUUCCAUUUUAAUGAAUGUUGAGAGUCGGUUGGCCAAAUUGGAGGAUUUAGGAAGACAAGUUCAAUGCCAGGGCCAAGUCACAUCAAUUGAUGAAAUGGUGGAAAAAAUCAAAGCAUUGACUCCAAGAGAUUUGCAAAAUGUUGCCGAGAAGGUACUAACUGGUAAUGUAGUUACUACAGGUACCAGCACGGGUAUUCCCUCAGUGGUGAUGCAAGGUGAUAGGGAAGCCUUCGGCGAUGUUGAAUUUAUUCUCCGUAGGUAUGGAUUGGGCAAAUAUUCCACGCCCGAGAUACCUGAACCAAGAGAUUUUUCGCAGAAAAAGAAAAGCUCGUGGUUUUAA